CUCCCGAUAGGCCUAAUUGGUCCGCUGAUAUCGAUAACACACCCCGUGCUCUGCCAAUAAUAUUUAAUAUUAUUAAUAAUAUUAAUUAAAAUAUCCGCCGGGGUCAGCUAAUUCUUUCCCAUAUUGGAGGAUAUUUAAAGGGCAAAGCCCAUUUGAAUUUAGACGGAAAAUUGCACUUCUUCGUGGAAGUCCGGGCUUAGGCUAAACAAAAUGUUGAAAAAUAUUGUAAACACAUCCAGGCAGGUGCUCUAUCCCGUGGCCAGGACCUUCACCCGCAGCAGCAUCCAAGGCAAUGCGGUGACCGAAUCCCCUGUGACUGCUCCACUGGUCACGAAAUUGCCACUGAUUCUGCCGCAGGAUUACACGGAACACUUGCCGGUCAGCAGGAGCACAGCCCGUCAGGCGUGGAUCGAGAAUACGGAUGCGGUGGCGGAGCGGAAGGUGGGACUAAUCGAACUGCAUCCGGAUGUUUUCGCCGCCCAGCCGAGGGUGGACAUCAUACAGGAGAAUGUGGAGUGGCAGCGCAAGUAUCGUUAUGUAAGCAUGGCGCACACGAAGACCCGGGCAGAAGUGCGUGGUGGUGGUCGCAAGCCGUGGCCCCAAAAGGGAGGAGGUCGUGCCCGGCACGGUUCCCUACGAUCGCCCAUGCUCAAGGGCGGCGGCGUGGUCCACGGCCCCAGAUCGCCCACCACCCACUUCUACAUGCUACCCUUCUAUAAAAGGGUUUUGGGCUUGACCUCUACGCUGAGCGUUAAGCUGGCCCAGGAUGAUCUGCAUAUCAUCGAGAAUGUGGACAUACCCACUGGUGAUGCAGAGUUCCUCAAGGAUCUGAUUGCCGAACGAAACUGGGGACCCUCCGUCUUGAUUGUGGACGAAGACCACAUGUUCCCCGCCAAUAUUUCCCAGGCCAGCGAUGAUCUGGGCUAUGUCAACCUGAUGCCAUCCUUUGGCCUCAACGUGUAUUCCAUGCUCAAGCACGACACUCUUGUCCUAACGGUCGCUGCAGUGAAGCAUCUGGAGCAGCGGCUGCUUUACCAACUUAAUCGCAAUGAUGCCACCAGCAAGGGUGGAAAGUUCAAACUGGAUCAAGUCUAGAAA